GUUUUCAAUCCGAUCGAGUGUUUACGUGCACUCUCAAUCGUAUUAGAAAAGGGAAAAAACACCCCCUUCAAUCCGAUCGAAAUUUCAUUCAUCCGAUCCAGCUAAAUCGGAUCGACUAAGGUGUUUACAAUAACGUUUUUCAAUCCGAUUUAACCGUCAAUGAGAUUACAAGUGGAUUAUUUGGGUGCAUGUAAACGGAACUAUGCGUCAGUCGGAACACAGUUCAUGCAUUAAACUCUUCUAACGAGCUGGUGAUCUGAUUCAGCUGUGUUAAAAGAUACAUGCAAAAUAUGCAGAGUGGGUGCUCGCGAGGACAAAGAUUAAUGUUGAGUUCUAGACCAUUCAAAAGUAGAAUUUUCCCCACCUCCUACUUGGAAAUAACGUCUGGAUGUUUCCUCUUCCGAUUUCGUCUGGAACGCGGUAUAAUAACCGCUGGUCUAUGUGAUACGCAAGGUACAGCUAUAACGUAGGCUACACCGUAUACUCUUAAUAAAAAAAUAAAGGUGCUUUAAAAGGUUCUUCAAGCGAUGCCAUUGAAGAACCAUUUUUUGUUCCAUAAAAAACGAUUCGAUCAAAGGUUUUUUAAAGAACCAUUUCUUUAUUACCUUUUUAUAACCUGGAAAACCUUCUUUUGCCACAAAGAACCUUUUGUGAAACAGAAUGGUUCUUCUGAUGUUAAAGGUUCUUUAUGGAACCAUUUAGACAAAAAAGGUUCUUCUAUGGCAUCGUGAAGCACCUUUAUUUUUAAGAGUGUAUACCCAUGUAAGGUAUAAGGUUGCCGUAUACCUAAAAGCGCGUUUUAGGGCCUUUUUUUUUGUUGUUGUUUUGUUUUGUUUUGUUUUGUUUUGUUUACUCUGUUGGACCCUUAGGGACUUUCAUGUGACCUGGAUCUGACGUUACCUACAACAACAACAACAUUGCAUUGGCGGUCAUUCUCGCCGUAAGUUUGAAAUCGAAUGUAAGUCACUAAAGAAAAUAUGAAAUGAAAGAUAAAUCAGAUGGCACUCUUUCAGUGUUUUUUUACUGCCCCACUUUGGGAAAAGGUAGACAACAUUAUAAAAUAUUACAAAUAUUUGUUUAGUGUUUGGUAUACAGUUGUAGUGUACAGUUUUUGGUGUUGAUAAUUAGUAGUAUUUUAUCAAAUGUUAUUGUUUGAAUUGAUAUCCAUGUUUAUAUAGUUCCCAGGGUACUGUUUGGAGGGUAUGUGCAUAGGGAUAAAAUUGUGAAUUGAAAUGUUUAAAAACAUUAAGAAAUAAUGUUUUCAUUAACUUUUCAAGAUGAUAGAAUGGAAUGUUCCUGUAAAUUUCACAAUGAAAAAAAAAAAAAAACAGGGUUUUUGAAUGUUUAAAAAAAAAAAAACAUUGAGGAAUAACGUUUUCAUAACGUAAUGGCACUAUAGGAUUUUUUUUUUUUUUCAUCUCCGCCCACCCGCACGAGCAGACAGAAAAGGCAUAAAAAAAUGUAACCGGGCAUUCUGGACUUCUGGCGCGUUAUAAAAUUAAACAGGGUUUCUCGUAUAUAAGCUAAAACAAAUUUACUCGAAUCUCUGUAAAUCCCAAAGCGAUAAUUAUUUGCGCUGCGCAAUGUGGAAUUUAAUCACUAGACCCAAUUUACAGAAAUUUUAAAAAUAUGAUUCACAACAUUUUCUUUAUUCUUUGUUUACUGUUGAUCACAAAUGGUGUGUUUGGUGCUGAUGCAGGUGCAGGGAAGUCAAUACCAGUGAUGGAGGGAGAUUCUGUCACUCUAAAGACAAAGUUAAAAGUACAGGGAGAUGAUCAGAUACUGUGGAUGUUUGAAGUUAAUAAUUCAGACACUCGUAUAGCUGAAAUAUAUAAGCUCGUCAUCUCUAUAUAUGAUAGUAAUGAGAUAUUCAAAAACAGACUCCAGAUAGACAAUCAAACUGGAUCUCUGACCAUUAGAAACAUCAGAACUGAACACACUGGACUUUAUAAACUACAGAUCCUCACCAAAGAAAAGGUCACAUACAGGAUCUUUAGUGUUAUUAUGCAUGCUCGUCUACCUGUUCAUGUUAUCAGCAGUAACUCUUCAAGCUGUUCAUCAUCAUCAUCAUCAGGAUCAUCAAACGAGAAUUGUUCACUGGUGUGUUCAGUGGUGAAUGUGAGUGAUGUGAGUCUCUCCUGGUACAAAGGAAACAGUUUAUUGUCCAACAUCAGUGUGUCUGAUUUCAGCAUCAGUCUCUCUCUACCUCUGGAGGUGGAAUAUCAGGAUAAAAACACCUACAGUUGUGUGAUCAACAAUCCCAUCAGCAACCAGACCAAACAUCUGAACAUCAGUCAACUCUGUCACAAAUGUGCAGAACGACACCAUUUAUAUACCAUAAUGCCAGUAGUUGUUGCUGUAGUGACACUGCUGGUGGUGUUUGUAGUUUUGGGUCUGCAGUGUCUUCGCGCCAGGACCAUACAAGAACAACAGAAGGCAGUUCAGACUAGUGAGGAAGAGAUUCAUUAUGAAGAAACAACAUUUUCUGAACACAGUGUUCGCAGUAUGGUAAGAAAUAUUUUUGCUGUGUGCAGUGCAUCUGUCUGUCUGCUGAAACCUCAGCUUUUACUAGUGGAAUUAUACAAAUAAAUAUACGAAUAGACUUACCCUUAGGUCAUCCAAGAUAAGUUUGUUUCUUCUUGAGAACUGAUUCAGAGAAAUGUAGCAUUACAUCAUUACAUGGAUCCUCUGCAAUGAAUGUUUCCCGUCAGAGUGGGAGUCCAAACAGCUGAUAAAAACAUCACAAUAAUCCACAAGUAACACAUAAUACUUUUGUGUUUUUGUAAGAAACAAAUCCAUAAUGAAGGUGUUUUAACUUCAAACCAUUGCUUCCCUUUUAAUAUGGUUCCUUUAUCCUUAAUUGCUUUCACCAGUAAAACCAUAUUAUCUGAAUCAUAAUUAUCAAGUUGUGAAUUUAUGGGUAUUUUGGACAGUUUCAACUGAAAACAUCUUAAUGAUAAGUUUGUUUCUUACAAACAUGCAGUUUUUUACUUCACGCAGUGUUACGUUUUUGGACUGGAGUGGUGUGGAUUACUGUGAUGUUUUAUCAGCUGUUUGGACUCUCAUUCUGACAACCUGACCUAUUCAUUGAGAAAUGAGACUAACACAUAGAGAGACAGUGAGUCAUUGUCAGCCCACAUUUCCUGUGUGUCUGAUAUCAGGUCUAAAUACAAGUUAAAAAAAAACAUGUGAGAAAAUAAUGACUGAAUUGUCAAAGAUUCCUUUAACAAAUCAUGUGGAAAGUAAGAAGCAAGAAGCACCCCGUGAUCAUAUCAUGUGGUUCAUGUGAUGUGCUGAAUAACUAGAUCAGGGGUGGCGAACAUCAGUCCUGGAGAGCCGCAGCCCUGCAGAGUUUUGCUUCAGCCCUAAUCAAAUGCACAUGAACAAGCUAAUUAAGGUCUGAAGGGUUAAUAGAAAGCUACAGGGAGGUGAGUUUUAAUUAGGGUUGGAGCUGAACUCUGCAGGGCUGCGGCUCUCCAGGACUGGUGUUCACCACCCCUGAACUAGAUGUUUGUUGUCUUUGGUAUGAUGAUAAUUAAGCAAUAUCAAACAUGCAAGAGUGCUGUUGUAUUGGCUAUCAACAGCCACAGGUAAAAUGACAAUUCAGACGAACGGCAUAGUUGAGUGUGUGAUAUAAUAAAUCAGAGAUGUGUGUGUGUGUGUGUAUUCGUAAUUUAAUAUUUUAAAACAAAUCCAAUUAAAUUAAGGGGAAUGUAACUACUGUUGCAGUGUUUUAGCCUGUCUAGGCUGCUUUUGCUUUAGCAUUUUGCUGUUGUGUUGAUGCUACAUUAUUCAUCGAGAUCAGAUUUCAUUUACUAUUUUAUUUAUUUAUUUUUUUUUUUUUUUACAGAUAUUUGUUGGAGGAGGUCACACCAUGUACUCCAGUGUCAUCACAUGAUUUGAUACUUGAACAGUAUUGUAACUAUAAAUAUGUAUGUAUAAUGCUAUUGUAACAUGUAGUCUGUUUUGGCGUAGUUUUCCCUCUGUUUGUUCUGUUCCCAUUUUUCUGAUAUCCUAGUUUUCCAUAGUUUCUGGUUACUUUCUCAUUCAUUUCUGUAGUUAAUUGUGGUGAUUCAUUUCAGAAAGAACAUUAUGUUUUUCCCCCUGGGUUUUUUUCCUGUUUUUUGUUGUUGUUGAACGUGUUUUUUAGAUGUGGUAAUCAUGAGGCCAUUGUGCGCAACUGCCCACAUGUGCUUUUCCAGUUAGUUCAUUUAUUUUCCAUUUGAAGGAGGUGUUUGUGUGCUACAGUGUUGUAUAUUGCAGCUCUGUUUACCGUCAACGAUUUAACCUUAAACUGUAAAAAAAAAAAAAAAAAUCUGUAAAAAAAAAUGGAAAAAGUACUGGCAGCUUAUUACCUGUACCAUAAAUUUACAGUCUGUUAAUUUACAGUCUGCCACCAGUAAAAAACAGGACUUUUUCUGUUUUAAUGGUGUAUUUAUAUCUAGAUCUAUAUAUGAAGAGUUCAGAUGCAAAACCAGAUAAAUCCAUCUGACGUCUUUCUUUAAAAAAUGCAUUGUUAUCAGGCUCAGAUGUAUAGGUUUCUAUGUAAGUACCGGUACUUCUGAUUGGGCUGAGGCUGGUAUUUUAGCGAGUUUGAAGAAAAAGUAUUUAAUGGACGUAUAAUAUGUGUCAAGAGCAUUCACUCAGUAUCAUUAUCUCAUCUUUUGACUGAGAUGGCUUUUAGCUGGUUUUGCAUCUGAACUCUUCAUAUAUAAAGCAAAUAAAGCACAAUAUACAAAUUGAA